CGCCCAAAUCAAUCCACACGUCAUAUUGCGGAUCUCGCAGCUUCUUUGAAGCUCCCGCGGCUUGUUGCGGCGUCAGUCAGUAUCAGACCCCACUGCGCUACUUAUCAGCACUGAGUGGGGAACCACCAACAUCUUUCUCUGUGGUCGUUCCGUCCACAAUGACACCAAAACAUGGCCGACACGGACAUUUCGCGCGCUGACCUCGAUGAAAUCUACGCCUUCGCCAUCCAGCUCGGCAAAGAUGCAGGACGCAUGCUCAUGGCCGCAGCCCACGCCCGGAUGGGCGACGCGGGCUCCUCAUCCCAAAAAGCACACACGCAGAAGAUGAACGCAGUGGAUCUCGUCACAGAAACCGACGAGGAAGUAGAGGCCUAUAUCAAGUCGCAAAUCACCGCGCGGUACCCUGCGCACAAGUUCGUCGGCGAGGAAAGCUACUCCAAGGGCAGCAGUAGGGACUACCUCAUCGACGACGCGCCGACGUGGUGCGUCGACCCGCUCGACGGCACAGUCAAUUACAUACACUUGUUUCCGAUGUUCUGCGUCUCCAUCGCGUUUAUCCACAGGAGCAAGCCCUUGAUAGGCGUCAUCUACGCGCCCUUCCUCAACCAGUUCUUCGCUGCGUGCCAAGGACGCGGUGCCUGGCUCAACGAGUCGCAGGCGCUGCCGCUAGUGCGGAAUCCUGUGCCUCCUAUGCCGGAGAAGGCGCCUGCGGGGUGUGUGUUUAGCUGUGAGUGGGGGAAGGACAGGAGGGAUAUCCCGGACGGAAAUAUGCACAGGAAGGUGGAGAGUUUUGUGAACAUGGCGGCGGAGCUUGGGGGCCGGCAGGGGAGGGGCGGCAUGGUGCAUGGGGUGCGGAGUUUGGGGAGUGCGACGCUGGAUUUGGCGUAUGUUGCUAUGGGGAGUUUUGAUAUCUGGUGGGAGGGGGGGUGUUGGGAGUGGGAUGUUGCCGCGGGCAUUGCGAUACUCCUUGAGGCGGGAGGACUGGUGACGACUGCAAAUCCGCCGCAUCCGAAUGAAGACACCGCGCCCAUCGAAGAAGUGAGCUUAGGAAGCCGCCUGUACCUCGCAAUCCGGCCAGCCGGUGAUUCGCCCACAGAAACAGGACGACAAAGCCAGGAGAGGACGGUCAGGGAAGUCUGGAAGCGCGUCCGGAAUAUAGAUUACAACCGGCCGGGCGCAUAGCAUAAUCUACACUUCUAUUGCCUAAGCAACGCAUAUGCAAUGCGGUAUGAACGCUCUCGUCAACC